UCACUUGACACUUUUUGUGGUUGACAAAAGCUAAAAAAGCGAGUCAACCACUUUUCGAAGACGAGAGUACGAGAGACAACAAUAAAAAAGAUGACAAAAUUUGUCUAGACGUUUCAUAUAUUUGGCGUAUAUUUUUUUUUUCAUCCGUAAACAAGAUUGCGACAAAAAACGUUCAUCAUUUUUCUUGGUUGAUUUUCACCCACAAAAGGAAAUAAUAAACAACAAAAAUUACUUUUUAACCUUUUAACAAAAAAUAAAAGUUGCAUUAAAAAACUUUUUGUUAAAAAAUGCAAAGUGUUAUCAAUACCGUCAAAGGUACGGCCUUAGGAGUCGCUGAAUAUUUAACUCCAGUUCUCAAGGAAAGCAAAUUUAGGGAAACAGGAGUUUUGACUCCAGAAGAAUUUGUUGCCGCUGGCGAGCAUUUAGUGCACCACUGUCCUACGUGGCAAUGGGCAGCCGGAGAUGAGUCCAAAGCAAAGCCUUAUCUGCCCAAAGAUAAGCAAUUCUUAAUAACUCGCAAUGUUGCUUGUUCGCGACGUUGCAAGCAAAUGGAAUAUGUGGGCGAGGAGAUUGUGGUUGAGAAUGAGGGUGGCGAUGGUUGGGUGGAGACACAUCAGCUGAAUGAGGAUGGAGUCGCCGAGUUGGAUGAGAAAGUGUGCGAGAUGACAUUGAGUGGAAGGGAUGACGACGAUGAAGAUGUUCAAGAUAUGGACGAGCACAUCAAUCAGCAGCAGAAUGAGGAUGAUGACGACGAUGAUGAUGAGGCUAUUGAUAUGGAAGAGUUUGAAGAGAAUGGAAUGUUGGAGUUAGUUGAUCCAGCUGUGGCUACAAGAAAACCCGAAUCAUCCAAAGCAUCGACUUCGGAUGGUCGUGAUAGUGGUGAUGGUGGUGACUCAGUUUUACACACAAGGACUUAUGAUUUGCACAUUACUUAUGACAAGUACUAUCAGACACCACGUCUCUGGGUAGUUGGAUAUGAUGAGAACCGCAAACCACUAACAGUUGAACAGAUGUACGAAGAUGUUAGCCAAGAUCACGCCAAAAAGACUGUCACCAUGGAAAGCCAUCCACAUUUGCCCGGUCCGAAUAUGGCUUCUGUACAUCCUUGUCGUCAUGCUGAUAUCAUGAAGAAGAUUAUUCAAACUGUCGAAGAAGGCGGUGGUCAAUUGGGGGUGCAUCUUUAUUUGAUUAUAUUCCUUAAAUUCGUUCAAACUGUCAUACCAACUAUUGAGUAUGACUUUACACAGAAUUUCACAAUGUAAAA